CCAUGAAGCGUAAGCGCAGGCGUCUGCCUCUUUUCGUGAGGUCUCUGCAUGCGCCGUCACUCUGCCGCCCUCUGAUAUUCAGCACUCCGCAGCAAGGGAUCAUUGGAUCGAUUGGGAGAAACGAAUUCGGCAAUGGCGGCGACGACGCGACUGAGAGGAUCACAAGCGACUGCUGCUACCCCUCCUCCGUGGGAAGUCCUCCAACUCGUUUCCCGGUCCAUGGACGACGACCCCAAGUCCGUCGCCGUCGCCUGCUGCGUCUCCAAACCGUCGCACGACAUCUUCACCUCCGACCGCCUGUGGACGCUCCUCUGCCGCUCCCUCUUCCCUUCCUCCGCCCAUUCCGCCGUCGAAUCCGCAAUCUCCCCUCGCCAUCUGUUCUGGCUCCUGCACACGACCACCGCCCGCCGCCGAGUCCCCUCCCCGCUCCGCCUCUCCCUUUCCCACCUGCUUUUCUUCCUCGACAUCUUCCAGCGCGGCGCGCCGGUGCUCUCGCUGGCCCGAGCAGCGACCGAGCUCGUCGCGCACCCCGGCAUCUUCCGAUUCUCGGUGCCGAUCGGCAGAGAUGAAGCGGUGGUGCUCGACGCCAGCGAGGAGCCGAAGGUCGCAUGGACGGUAGCGACGACGGAGUGGCGAGAGGCUUUCGCGUUGAUGGAGUUCGAAGGGCAAGGGAAGUCGGUUGGGAACAGAGAGAUGUGGUUAAUUCUCGGCGAAGUUGCCGUGUCCAUCGGCGUGCUGCUGCUCGGAGGCGGAGGCCUCUGGCAUCGAGGCUCAAGUCUCCAUUGAGCUUCCCGACGAGGUGCUUGGUGGCGGUGACGGCGUCGCUGGCGGUGGAAGGGCUCAUAGGAGGGCGGAGAAGGUGAACUUCGGUUUGAUGAACACUAAAACUUGGAGAUACACAAACUUGGAGGAUGACUUGCUUUAUCUGCAGCACUUCCUUUUGGAGGCGAAACACAAACUCGAUCAAAAUCUACAAUCUGAUAUCUUUUUUUUGUUGUGUAUCCUUGUGAUCUACUAGUAAUUCGACCAUGAAUCUAGAGGCUUCUUAAUCACCAUGAUUUUUUCCGUGUUGGUCCUAAGACGGGUUGACUAACAGAGGCGUUGCUGAAUUGAGAGACUUCUUCUGAUCAUCGCGUCGUAGCAAAGGAUGUUCAUCCUGUCCGAGAGCGAGUAGACGGGCGUUGGGUAGACAAUGCUUACGUUGAAUGACUAUCGACCGAAGAUGACGUGAACCUCCGACGAGCUGAAUCUGCAACCACAAGUCGUUAGUGCCGAACCAGGGAGGGGUUCCCCGGUGAUGACUCUCCGACACUCAAAUCAAUCACCGCCAAACGAAUGAAGAAUGAAAUAAAAAGGAGCAACGUAACUCUAGCUACAGUGAUCUGAGCAUACCUCCGAUGAAGCUUGGCUUCUUAUAUAGAGCUCCCAAGCUUUUUAUGUAGAGUUCCCAGGAGGCGCGCGCACGUUUCUUGAGACGUGCAUGUUUUUCAAAGUAUACAUGAAAAGAUCAUGCCAAAAAAGCGUGUCUGACGCUAUAUCUGAACAUACCGAGCAUAUCUCUAACGUGAUAGUGAAAACUUCCACCGUACGAUCCUCUGUCUGGUCAUGCCAUUGAUCAUGCCAACUGUCGAUGACAAUAAUCCCUAGGAAGAUAUUAUCAACUACUUCUUUUGUCUGCUAUUGGGCCGAACGAGAGAGCCGCUCGGUCAGCCCGCUGUUCAAGUGAUGCGACGGCAGGGACGAGCGUCUGCUCGACCAAUGAGCUGUUGCCCGGCUCCACCUUGUCGAGCGAGGGAGCCCUGAAUGCCGAGUCGAAGCCGUGCCCCUUGCUUAGUCGAGCGGGAUGACCGCUCGACCUUCGUCUCUUCCUACUUUGCCUUAUGAGCGUCGGAAGUUCGGCGUCAGACGGAACUGUCGAAGUGUCGGGCCGACUACUCUUCCUGUUGAUUGGAAAGGUAGCUCGUCCAAUCGAACGCAUACCCCGAAUGUUGAUCACUUUGACCUCCUGCCGAACAAGCCCACCUUACCACCGGAUCAAAUGUCUUUACGCGGACUUGCAGCAAGCACCUGCUCGGAGGAUCUACAAACUGGUUCAUAGACAGAUGAUUGAGUUCAAUGUAUGCAUUUGCCCAAGUUGCCUGCCCUAGAGCGCUCAGAUCACCGGCACGAACGUAAUCUCGUUAGGGCGAAAAGAAAAAGGAAAGCUGCAAUCUUGGGAAGAGAAAGAAAAUCUGCAUGGCGGAGAGGCGGAGUCAGCAUCCCCGCCGUCGCCGCGGGAGCGAGCGUACGCCGAGAGGAUGCAGUUCCAUGAGUGCAAAUCGGGCUUCGGGACGCGGGCAAAUAUCCGUCGGCAAGAUGCCACAUUUCCGCUGCGGGAGUCGACAUUGGAUUGAAGGACGCGGCCAGCGAAGUAGAGGGAGGGGACAGCUGUUGAGGAGGAUCGGUGGGCGAGGUCGGCGAGGGAAGAGACGAGGGUGUUGGGAAGGAACGACGAGGCGGCGAGGCCGGUGGCGAUGAACUGGGCGUGGACAUAGUUGAAGGCGGCGGGUUUGGGGGUAGUUCUCUAGGAGGCGGAAGAAGGGAUGGCUGCGGCGGUUGUGGGUCCCGACGAUUUCAUCCACAGCAGGGCGAUAAUAAGAAAUGUACAAUCGCUCCAUUUUAUAUUCCCUGCAACAUUUGUAACAAUGUCAUAAAACUAAUGGAAGUGCACAUGCCAAUUUCCAAUAGCCCAAGCAGCAAAUCCAGCGUCUCCCUUAUCAUCGCCGACGCUUUCUCUCGCCCAAAACCCUCAACAAAAAUCUCUUUUUUCUCUCCCACCAAUCUCAAUCGAAGAUCGAGAGAUGGAGCUCUGUUCUCCCCUCCAUAGCCUCUUCUCCGUCGACCUCUCCUUCUCUGCCGCCAUUUCUCAUCUCCCCCUCCAUUCCUACGU